CCCAUGCACGCCGCCGCGCGCCCAGCGCGCAGGUGCCCGUCGCGUACUUAAGCCUUCUGAAACGAAAUGGAUCGAUAAUUUGACUAGUGACCUAUCUAUCUUCAUUGAAUAACUACGCGAUCAAAGGAUAUGCUAUAAUAUUUUUGUAUAAUUCGAUUAAAUGCGGCUCGCCCAGUCUUUUAGUUCGACGAUCGGUCCUUAGUCAGAUUAGCAGGUCCGCUAAGAGCGCCGGGGGACCGCCGCCGUGCCCCUAGGAGUGGACGCCCCUGCGUUGCACGCUGCACCACCCUCCCCCCGCGCGCCUCCUUCCUCCAACCAAAACAAAGAAAUGCUGCCAGUGGUACAAUUUCUUUGUCUGCAAUCGAUGAAGCGCGCAGCCACGGCGGAGGCGUAGCCGGCCGCCACUAUGGCUUGUACUCGGCAAUGGGCCGCACAAAAGAUCCGUUUUGAUUUACCGGGCCGGUCAAUGCGACUUAUCUAUUAUGCGUGUAGGUGGGAUUGAUUCUGAAACCCCCGGUGCAGUAAGAAGUACAUGAUGGAGGGGGGCGCAGGCGUGUCGCUGACGCUCGAUUGCGAGGAUAUGUUCAAGGAGAUCACCAAGAAACUUUACGGUGAGGAGGCUACCGUGGCUGUGGGCGUGGUAGGCGUAGAGUUCCCCGCGGCCGAGCGCGACCUCGACGACGAUCUGCGCCCCGAGGAGCACAUCACGGCGUGGGGGCUGGCUGCACUCAUGCAGAAUGGGUUUCCUCCACCCGGCAUUUUACAGGCGAACUUUACACCGCGAACGGACCCGACGGCGGAGGACCGGUGGACGGCCGCGGAGGAGCCCCUAGCGUGGGCUCACUCUCGCGUGGCCUCGUACAACCCCGCCCAGCGAUUGUUCAAGUGCACCGAGUGCGAGUGCGUGGGCUUCCUGGCGCGCGUGGCCGAACACUGGCUGGGGACGCAUUCGCAGGCACGCGCCUUCCAGUGCCCGCUGGCGGGUUGUGGCUUUGCAGCAUCGUGGGCGCGCAACGUGCGCGCGCACUUAGCGCGCGACCACCACUCUGAUCCUGCCGCCGCCGACCACCUGCUGCGCGACAACCCUGCGCUUCUUGACCUUACGCGUUACUUGCAACGCCUCAAGUCCAAGGUGGAGCAGGCGCGGAACGAACGGCGUAGCGGCAGCCCCGUGCCAGGCGACACGUCGCCGGGGGGCGCGGGUGCAGGCGCGGGCGCAGGCGCGGGUGUGGGCGACGCGGGCAAACGCUACGUGUGUGGCGCUUGCCCCUACGCCACCGACCGUCGAGACCUCUUUACGCGCCACGAGAACAUCCACCGCGACGAGAAGCCUUUCCACUGCUACAUCUGCCAGAAGCAGUUCAAUCGCGCCGACCACGUCAAGAAGCAUUUCUUGCGCAUGCAUCGCGAUCAGCCGUAUGAUCUGAAUCGCAUUCGUCGAGCGUCGAAUAAGGCUCAACAGCAGACGCAAGCACCGCCGCAGCCGCAGCCGGCCCCGCAGUCCGCGCCGCAACCACAGCAGGCGCCGUCGGCCACGCCGCUUUACUACACCAAGCCGCCGGGCGAGCCGCCUCCCACGCCGGCUGUGGUGAACGCGCCCUCUCUCGAGUACCGCGCGUCGCCCGUCAAGCUGGAGCGCGCCGUGCUGGCCAAGGCGGACGGCUCGAGUGUACUGCAACUGCCACAACAUAAGCUGCAAGUGGCGCCCUCGGCGGGAUCGCAACCCGCACCCCCGCCCGUGUCCGCCCCGGCUGCGUCUGCCGGCCCCGUUCGGCGCAAGAGCGUUUGUGUGUCUCAGGGCGAGCGCCGUUACGCUUGCUGCUACUGUGCAUGGUCGGGCGUCGACAAUUGGUGUCUGAAACGGCAUCUCAACACGCACCUCAAGCCAUUCGCGUGCUCGCUUUGCGAAUACAAGGCGGCACGAGCCGAGCGGCUCGCUACUCAUGUGCACAAAGUGCACAAUAAGAAGGCCUGCGCCAAGUGCCCCUUCCUCGCCGAUGACCAGCAGCAGCUGGCGCACCAUCUACGAGACGCACAUAGAUUUGUUCUCAUGUCCAGCCACAUCGAAAACCGCAACCUAAAGGUGCCGUCGACGAGUGUGAACCGCGUGAGCACUGUGACGACGAGCGCGAGCGGCGGUGCGGUCGCGAGCGCGGCGUCAUUUCCCCCGCAGCCUCCCCCGCCGCCGCAGCAGCAAGCGCCCGCCCAGGAGGUAUCGACGGCCGGAGCGGCCGCAACGGCAGGGCGAAGACGCGAAUCUCGCGCGGCCGGCGCCGCCCGCCUCUUCGGAUACCUGGAGGCAUCGGACGGCUCGGGCGACGAGUUCGACUCACCGUUAGAGUAUGCGCCGGCGCCUGCCGCCGCGGCCUCAGCACACUACGCGCGCGACAAGGAGAACGCCGCACCCUCUGCGCCCCCGCUGCACCAUGCCAUGCACCAUGACCACUGCCUGCGCUAUUAAAUGCCGCCGUCGUUCGCUCGUCUUGAUGUCCCUCGUACCUGUGUCGUUCGUUAUUACACGUUACAAAAAUAAUCACCUACUUCCAGUUUUAUUUCAGCUCGUUUCAUU